AGAUGGAGGACAUGGGUUUGGAAGAUCAAGUCUCAAUUGUCAUCGACGAUGAAGAAGUUCUGACUUCAGAUUCUGAAUUUAAUUCAGCUAGUUCGAGUUUUUCCCGAUUCGGGUUCUUCACGCGGAACGGAAUGGCUCUGUUAGAGGAUGGGAACAGCGAGCGCAGGAUCAUCGAGAGAAGCUUUCUGAAGGGGUUGGGUCAAUUCGGAAAGGAAACAAAAGUUGUGGCCAUUCAUAAGAACUCGUAUUCUAGUCCAAUCGGGCAAGCUAGAAUGGAAAGUUUCAGGAUUUUCUCUGAGGCGGUGAAGAGGAAAUCCGGAGGCAACAAUGCCAAUGUCAAGUAUGCUUGGUAUGGAGCUUCUAGAGGCGAGAUUUGCGAGAUUGUAACUCAUGGGUUUGGCCGAUUUCGAGGCGGUGAAAACAGCGAGUCAUGUGGCCUUGGGGUUCAUCUCUCUCCUGCGAAUUUCUCCAUUGAUGGGAUGAUAUCAUCUGGCAUGGAUGACAAUGGGAUAAGGCAUCUGUUGUUGUGCCGCGUGAUAUUAGGGAACACGGAAGUGGUACAUCCUGGAUCGAAGCAAAUCCGACCAAGUUCUACAAAAUUUGAUUCCGGAGUAGAUAAUCUGUUAUCGCCGAGACGAUAUACAAUUUGGAGUCCCUACAUGAAUUCGCACAUUUUUCCGAAUUAUGUUGUCAGUUUCAGAGCUCCCCGGGUUACUGGUUUUGAAAGGAUUCGGAGGUCUAUAGUCGGACCUAGUUCGCCAUACAUGACGUUUCCCACUUUGUUGUCCACACUUUCAAGAUUCUUACCUCUUUCGAAGAUGGUUUUGAUUACCAAAUUCUAUAGUGCCUACAGAGAAAAUAAGCUUUCCCGCAUCCAACUGAUACAAAAAAUGAGGCGACUAGCCGGAGACAAGCUUUUAAUCGCCGUAAUCAAAUUUGAUAGGAAAAAGCAACUCCAGGCAAGAAUUAGAUCUUCAGCUUCGGCAGAUUUAAAUGGUGCAAAGAGAUAUGCAGCAGGUGCUUGAGUGGCCGAAAGAGAAACUGGCUUCGUCCCGCAUUGCUUUCAACCCUGCAGAUCAUUCCCUAGUAGCAUUCAUAUUCGUAGUCUUCCGCAGAUUUUUUGCAAUUGUUAUGGUUAAGGAAAAAUUGUGCGUUUUGAUC